CGAGGGGAGCUUUGCCGAAACAAAAGAGGGCAGAAAAAGGGGAGAAACAUCAGCAGAGCAGCCCGAAACCGAACUGCAGGAGAACCAGGAGGAGACCCUCAUCCCCCCCUUUUCAUACCAGUACAUGUUUCUAUGUGUUAUUCCCAACUUUCUUAUGAAAACUCGGAGCUGGAAGCCUGUCAUGAAGACGGAGGAGCCGCGCGGCGGACAGAGCGGCGUGUGGGCUUCACCUGUGCUGCUCCAGCAGGGGAUGGUCUCCGUCGCGUGAACAGGACUCCGUCUCCAGCCGCCGUCCUGCCACGCGCGCGCAGAUGCUCGCGCUUCUGAGACGAUCUCAAGCGAAAAAACAGCGUGGAGUCUCACUUCGAGGAGCGCGCGAGCCAUGCAGCCCACCCUCCCUCCACUUCCCAUCAUAUGCGUCCAGACCGUGUUGCUGCUGUGUAGCCUCCUGCAGGUUCUAGCAGUGGAGAAUGUUGAUUUCGGUGAGCAUGUGGAGAACCAGACGGGCGUGAGGGAUAGUCUGAGCAGAAAGCAUCACAGGGUGUACCAGCUGUACAGCAGGACCAGCGGCAAACAUGUGCAAGUACUUGGCAGGAAGAUCCUGGCCAAGGGAGAAGACGGGGACAAAUUUGCCCAGCUUGUUGUGGAGGCCGACACCUUUGGGAGUCAGGUGAGAAUCCGCGGCAAAGAGACCAACUUCUACCUGUGCAUGAACCGCAAGGGCAAGCUGGUGGGAAGGAAAGCCAGCAGUGGGAAUGCCGAGUGCGUCUUCAUCGAGAUAAUGCUGGAGAACAACUACACCGCCUGGAUGUCGGCACGUUACGUGGGCUGGUACGUGGGCUUCACCAAAAGGGGCCGACCUCGGCGAGGGCCGCAGACUCUCCCCAACCAGCAGGACGUCCACUUCAUGAAGAGAUUCCCUCCUGGAGAGCAGCCCAGCCUGCAGCUCAGCAGUUUUACCACCGUAAGCAAGAGGGGCAGGAGGACGCAGGAGAGUCCUGCUCCUCCUGACCUCCACUCAUAACACAUGGUGGAGGUUAACGUGCAGAGUCGAAGACUUCGGGCCCUGACACACCAAGAUGACAAGUGGCAAUGGAAGCUUUUGUUGCCUGACAUCUUUAGUGAAAAGAAGCUGAUAUGCCUGCGUGAAAGGACUCUCCAUACCAGUAGUUUGCAUUCAUAAUCAAAGACCCAGCGUCUAGAAAGACGGACAAACUGGCCUAGCUAGUUGCUUCUGGAUCUGCACUGAUUUGGUAGGCUGGAAAGCUAAUGUUUUCUUCAGUGGAUGCUGAUGUUUCGGGGAAUCAUACAAGCAGGAAACCACCUCCAGGUAGAGGUCAAAGUCAAGGGAGGAGGCUUGUAGUCAAUCUAACGUAACCAAAGACGGCUGGGCAAAUGCCUAGGAACUAAACUCUGAGAACCCAGACUCGUGACAAGGGCUCACAGCACUUCAAGCCAAAGAAGGGCCCUGCAGUGUCCAAUGAUACCAAGAAAAACUAGUGAGUGGCCAAACCUUACUGACCAUUUCACAGCCAAAAUGUCUGUGGAAGACCAACAAGUGUAUAACAUAACACAUCAUCUUCGACCCAAAGCAUCUGCUUGGAACGCUAAUCUAUAGGACAAGUGUAAAGGCAUAUUAAACCCUCUGACACACAAAAAUGACCAGAUGAAUGUAGCUAAUGUCAGUGCUGGAAACACGAGUGGUAGCAAAGACCUCAAUUGAACUGCAGUAGUCGGAAUUCAACACAGAAGCCUAAGCACUUGAUCAGAGAAAGGACUGGAGGUUGAGAGUGGCUAUGGGUAAAAGCUCAUACUGAUGCACUUUGUACUUGGUUAGAAGAUUAGAGUGUGAAAUCACUAAAACCUUUAAUCAGGAACUGCUGCAAUUGCCAGGCCAGUUUUUUUUUGGUGCCCCAACAACAGAAAAGGGAUUUAAAACAGGAAGAACAAAAAUAAUAGCUCACUGAUUUCAAUGUACCCCAUUUCCAAGGACCAGUAGAAGCACCUCUGCAGGUCCUGCUCCUGAUUCUGGAGACUUAAAAUAUCCUAUACCCAUAUUUCUGCUACUCAUCAUCCUCUGUGUACGAUUCUGAUGCAAUUCAAAAUCAGGAUAACGGACAUGACAGAGUUUUUCCAUAGUUUAAAUAUUAGGUAUAGUCUCAACAGUGAAAGUGCGGAAAUGGGUUUUUUUUAGACUCCUUAAGAAAAAAGUGGCAUCCAUGUUGUCUUGGCCAAAUGUUGUAUUUCGACGUUUCUUUUUACUUGUUAUAAGUACUUUUAUCUACUGGAAUUAUCUUGUUCCAUUGGCAGAUAAUGAAGAUUGUUUUAAGAAAUAUUUCUUGGAAAUUUAAGCAAAAAAACCUGAAACAGUUUCCUUUGAUAAAAUGACUUAAACCCAGAAGUGGGUAGUUCAGGUCCAGAAAAUAAACCUACUCAGGUUUCCGUUCCACCUGCUUGGCUUCUCUAGUUUGCUCAGUAAUAGAGGAGUCCAAGCAGCAAAAUCCUGGGGGGGGAAUUUUCACUUUCUGGACCUGAACUACCCACCUAUGCUUAAAAAUGUGUAGAAAUCAGUUAUACCAGUGGUCUCCACCCCUCCUUUCCUGCCUAGUUUCACCCACAGUUUACCACACCUUCUCCAGCAAGUCCCUGAUUGGCUUGGAUCAGACGUAUUAGAGUGAAGUAAGUGGUGGAGCAGCUUGGAGGAAGUAAACUCUGCAGGAAGGUAGUUCUCCAGGAGGAGGAUCAGAGAUCACAGUUAAAUAGUCUUAUUAUAGCAACAAUAAAAAUAAUGUAUCCACUGGUCUUAAGAUGAUCAGUGUGUCUUAAGAUCAGGCAUAACAUUGUGACCACCUCCUUAUUUCUACACUCAUUGUCCAUUUUAU